AUGGAUCCAUUAUCUUCAUUAUCGUCAUCUGAAGAAAUUUCUUCGGCUUCGGAAUUUUCAAUUCCUUUUCCGUUUCCAAAUUUAUCCACGGGUAGUAGCCUACCUUUUUUGCAAAGUGUUCUUGACGCUGUUGAAGACGACACGACAAGCUCAAUCAAAACCCGCACCUACAUCGAGCGGUUUCGGGAACAAGCUCACGAAACGCUUAUGCGUGACUACUUUGUUGAAAACCCAAAGUUUGGCCCGGUUUGGUUUCUUGAAAGAUUUCGAAUGAGUCAAAGGUUGUUUUUGAAGAUUGUUACUGAUAUUGAGCAACGAUUCGUUUACUUUCAACAGCGUAUAGAUCGGUCGGGGAGAAAGAGUUUAGCUGCCAUACAAAAAUGCACAUCCGCGGUGGAACAGCUCGGAACGGGCAACCCUCCAGAUAAUUUUGAUGACUACUUGUGCAUGGCAGCAAGAACUUCUUGCGAAAGCCUUGAUCAUUUUUGCAGCGCAGUCACCGAGUUAUAUCGUGACGAGUACUUACGUAGGCCGACUAGUCAUGAUGUUGCCCGGUUGUACGAAGCGCAUGAACAGAGACACAAGAUUCCGGGAAUGCUAGGAAGUCUUGAGUGUACGCAUUUUGUUUGGAGAAAUUGUCCCAAAGCGUUGAAGGGACAAUACAAGAGAGGUGAUCAUCCAUACCCAACAGUUACGCUUGAAGCCGUUGCUUCACACGACUUGUGGAUUUGGCAUGCUUUUUUUGGUCCUCCAGGAUCGCUCAACGAUAUCAAUGUCUUGAUGCAAUCGACUUUGUGGGCGACUCAUGUCAAGGCAAUGCCAUAUCCGACUGAAACAAAUGACAAGAAGUUCAAGAAAGUUCAAGAAUCGACAAGAAAGGAUGUGGAGCGAGCGUUUGGUGUUUUGAAAGGAAAAUGGGGGAUUUUGAGUAACAUUGUGCACGCGUGUAUUAUAUUGCACAACAUGAUUCUAAAGGAUGAUGGAAGGGCAAUAUCACCGGUUCGUAUUGUGGAUAGGGGAGUUCAAGUGGUUUAUAACCACGAUGCAGUGGAUGAGAUAGAAGAUGAAGAAGUUCAUCAUCGUCUUUAA